AGGUAUCCAAUUUGAGCAAAUUAUUGAUGGACUAGAUGGGUAUGAUCUGAAUGAAUCAGAUGAUAUGAAUGCAUCAGAUGAGGAAUUACAUGACUGUAGUUCUUAUACAGAAGAAGGGAGUGAUAGGGAUGAUGUACAAGGCACAACAAAUGGGGAGAAUAUAGGUGAGGUGUUGAAUGGUAUGCCACAGAAAGCUUAUGACUGCAAUGAGGAAGCUUUUAUUGGAUCAAGUUCUGUGCAAUGGGAAGACCAAUUAGACUUGGCAAUCGGAAAACAAUGGGUCACUAUGGAUGCAUGCAGAAAGUACAUUAGAAUGUAUGCCAUCAAGAAUAAAUUUGAGAUCAUAUUUCAGAAAAAUUGUGCAGAUAAGCUGAUUUUGAGAUGUAAAGGGGAAAGCUGUCCUUGGAGGUGUUAUGUAAUUAGAAAAAAUGAUGGGCACACAACUGAAGUGAAGUCUCUCCAAGAAGAACAUAAUUGUGAGAAUGAUGGCAGGAACAAGAAUAGAGGGGCAAAUGCUAGAUGGAUUGCUACUAUGCUGGCUGAGGAUAUGAGACUGCACCACAACAGUUACACACCCCAAGAUAUCAUUGCUAUAGCUUGGAAUAGGUGGACUUUAAACAUUAGUUACUGGCAAGCAUGGAAUGCUAGGCUAAUGGCACUUGAAGAGCUGCAUGGCAAUUAUGAGAAAAGUUAUACUAAAGUUCCUGAAUUGUGCAGACAGAUUCUAGCUUCCAAUCCUGGUAGUUUGGUUGAGUGCAAAUAUGACUCUGACAAUAAGUUUCAGUAUUUAUGUGUUGCUUUUAGGUGUAGCUUGGAAGGGUGGAGGACUGGCUGUAGGCCACUAGUAGGGUUGGAUGGUUGCUUCCUAAAAGGAAAAUAUAGAGGAGUGUGCUUAGCAGCUAUUAGCAUGGAUGGGAAUAAUGGACUGUUUCCUCUAGCAGUCUUCAUUUGUAGAAAAGAAGAUGGUGAGAAUUGGGACAAGUUUUUGGCAUUAAUAGCUCCGGAGCUGAAGAAACACCCUUUGCCACUUACUGUCACAUCUGAUAGGGCUCAAGCUAUUAUAACAAGUAUUCAGACACAUUUGGGAGGCUGCAAUCCUAGGAGCUGCUUUAGACACAUCUUCAAGAAUAUGAGUAAGUGGUGGAAAGGGGAACACAUAAAGGAACUGGCCUGGGCUACUGCUUCAGCAUAUAAAAAGGUUCACUUUCAAAGAUGUCUUCAGAAGUUGGAUGAAGCUGCAGUUGGUAUCAAGGAGUAUUUGUUGGAGAUAGGUCCAGAGUUAUGGUCAAGAGCACAUUUUGAUACAACUUGUAAGAGUGAUCACCUGACAAAUAACUUCACAGAGAGCUAUAACAGUUUUAUAUUAAGCCAAAGGGAUAAACCUGUGUGUUCAAUGAUAAUAGGUAUAUCAUUCCUUUUAAUGAAGAUUAUGUAUGAUAGGAAAGUUCAAAGUAGUACUUGGAAUGAGAAUGAUGUUGUACCUAGGGUAGGUAGCAUCCUGGCAGCUUAUAAAGAGAAGCAAAAUGAUUAUGUCACUUGCCCUUCAGGUGAAGGGACAUUCUGUGUGAGAAAAUUUACCGGGGAACAUUGGAUUAUUAACUUAAACAAACAAGAGUGUGAGUGUUGUGAGUGGCAGGUCACAGGCAUCCCAUGUGUACAUGCAGUGCAUUUGAUUAGCCAUUU